UCGACUCUGAAAAUGCGGCACGGAAAAAUAGCAAUUCGCGGCUUUGUUGAUUAUAACGAGCUUAUUUUAGACGUGACUAUCGAUUCCAUAACACAACUCAGGAAUCUUUUGCUUCUAUCUGGAGAUGAAGUGCGCAUUGUGAGAAUUGAGGAGCAAGAAAUUCCAGUUUUACCGAGUGAUUCUCUCGACGGUGUUAAUCUUGAACAACUAGAUAUUUCCCGAUGCGGGCUGUCAGUUCUAGAAGAAGGUUCUUUAAGUGGUAGUGCUCUUAAACAUUUCUAUUUGGAAAACAAUGACAUCCACAUUUUGCCAAAAGGUGUUUUUAAUGGACAGAACAUAGAAAUAUUAAAUUUAAUGCAAAAUAAAAUUUCAGACAUUGAAGAUAGGGCUCUUGAAGGCUUUGUUACAAAUCAGUUGGCUAUGAAAGAUAAUCAAUUGUCAGAACUAACACCAGCAAUGUUUGAAGGUUCUAGUAUUCAUACUUUGAGAUUAGAAUUUAAUCAAAUUAGCAAAAUACAUGAUAAUACAUUUAAAAAAAUCAAUAACCUUACAUACUUAAUGUUACACGAUAAUAAUAUUGAUAAUUUAGGGAGCAUAUUUUGUCAAUUAGAAACUAAAGAAUUAUACAAUUUAAGCCUAGUAAAUAACAAAAUUGCAGCAUUGGAGCCAGGAUGUUUUGAAGGUUCUAAGAUUAUCGGAAUUUACAUAGAGAGUAACAGACUUACCCAAAUUAAAAAAGGGGUCUUCAAUGGAUUAAAUUUUGGAGCAAUAGACGUAGCAAAUAAUCAAAUAACUAGCAUUGAGGAAGGAUCUUUCGCAAAUCUACCUUUAAAAUAUCUAUAUUUAACAGGAAAUAAAUUGGAAAAGGUGUCAAAGACUCUUUUAUCUGGUCUGGACUACGUUAUGGAAGAUUUAUAUUUAGGAGAGAAUCAGAUUACAGAAAUAGAACCGGGUAGUUUUGGAGGUCUUACUAUUCAAGGACUUCAUCUGAACAACAACAAAUUGACAUGUAUUAAAAAAGGUUUGUUUUGUGGAGAAGAGAUUGAAGAAUUGGAUUUAUCCAAUAACGAAAUAUCUGAAAUUGAAGUUGGAGCAUUCGAUGAGGUUAAGGGUCUCGUUUUUAUUAAUUUGAGUAAUAAUAAACUUAGGAAGAUUAAAAAAGGGAUGUUUAAUAUUUCGUUGGACAAAAUCAAUUUUGAAAAUAAUGAAAUUGAUUUUAUUGAAAACGAAACAAUGGAAGAUAUUAGAUUUGAAUCCCUUCAAUUACUUAAUAAUCCAAUUUUAAACAAAUAAAUAAAUAAAAGUACUACAAUUAAUACAACCCUUAUUAAUGUUUA